ACGGGCAGUAGUAGGCGUCCUCACCUCACCCCACCCCCACAUUGGAGGAGAACAGAAGUACCCAUCCGUCUCCUCCAUGAAGGAUGAGCGAGAGCCUCGAAGGAGAAGCUUUCCCUUUGAAAAGAGUGGCCCAUUUGCUACAAAGCACACGGCGAAAAAACAGGAGGUCCGGUUCACCGUAAAUGACGGUUUUGACAACGAACCAAGCAAGUGCAGGUGGUCGGGAGAAGCAAUCAAAUUGAAUGUAUAAUCUUUAGGUUAAAUUUAUAUCAAAACUGAAUCAAAUUUGUCGUGUCCAUCUCGCUGCGGACUAUGGAGGUGACGCGUGCAACAGCUGCUUUAGUUACCGGGGCAGGGCGGGGAAUUGGUCGGGCAAUAGCAAUGCGCUUGGCCGAGCUGGGAGCGAGGGUGACAGUGGUGGAUAUCUUAGAGGCUGGAGGAGCAGAGACGGCUCGGCUGAUCCAGGACAUGAGGAGGCAAGAGGCUGAGGCUGAUCAGACAGGUGACGGCAGAAGUGCGGCAAUCUUCGUAAAGUGUGACGUUGCAUGCCCUCGGCAGCUUGCUCAGGCCUUCACUGCACACAUGGACACUUUUAAGCGCCUUGAUAUUUGUAUCAACAAUGCGGGAAUCGGGGCCGAUGUCGAUUUUUCACAGCUGCAACACGGUCAUGAUGAUGCGUUGGACCGCCGGGSUGAGUCGACGACAGAGGAGCUUCCACUGGUGCCAGCUGAGGGCAGCCCAUGGAGCAAAACGAUUGAUGUGAACCUGAAAGCUGUGGUUGAUGGUGUGCGCUUGGCAGUCGAAUGCAUGGCAAGGGCACCGAGGAACACACAGGAUCCGAGCGGCGAAGAAGGGAAGAGCGCCGCUGUGAAGAGGGUGAUCGUAAAUGUAGCGUCGUCCGCGGCGCUGAGCCCGUUCCCUGCGCUACCUGUGUACUCAGCAACUAAAGCAGGUGUGGUUAUGCUGACAAGGUGUCUGGCACACCUGGAGAGAGACAGAGGUAUCCGAGUUUGCGCAUUGUGCCCAUCGUCCGUAGACACUGAUUUCCUAUCRUCGUGCCCCACCCUAAUUCUGGCUGCGCAGAAGGCACCAAUGGACUUCGCUGCCUUUGCAGAUUACAUCCCCAUGGAGACUGUUGUGCAGGGUSUGAUGAAGCUCAUCGAAGAUGAUGGUAAUGGGGGCUCCAUCAUGACCGUGACAAAACAGGAGGGCUAUUCGUACACAAGGCUUCAAGUUGGCGAUAYGUAGUUCCAGGGUAGAAUGAAUCUCAGUCUGUUUU